CGCGACACGACCGAUCAUCAACCCUCGAUAACACCACGACGAUCACGGCGUAAUACCCCCCAAUAUGAGAAGCCAGGCCUGCGAACCAUGUGCGAAACGCAAAGUCAAGUGCGACAGGGCAGAACCCCCAUGCUCCAAUUGUAAGCGUCGCAAGGGUGAUGUUUGCACUUACCCUGAAGUCUCGCCUUUCGAGAGGAUUAGAAAAUUGGAGGAGGCGGUGAGAGCACUGGGUGGUGAUCCGUUGUCUGAUACACCUGAGAGAUUGAGGGGACAGAGUGUGAAGAACAGUCCGAGGGAGGGGAGUCAUGCUGUAACGCCGAUUAUUGUACAGGAGGAGGGGAAGUCUGUUUAUCACGAGUCAGAGGGUUGGCAUACUUGGAUCGACGUAUCGCGCCUUUACAAAGGUUCCAAACCAAAAACUAACGCUUCGGACCCCCGAGGUUCAGCCCUAUCACCAGGGAAGCAUCUCCCGCACGCCUUCCACGGCUCACCAUGGCGAGAUAACACCAUCCUCUCGGAGAAACUCGACUUUUGCCCGAUACCCCAAGAAGAAGCUCUCCAGCUCUGGGACUUCUUCAUGGAGCGAGUCGAGCCUAUUGUCAAGAUAAGCUUCAGCUGGACUCUUUCUCAUCUUAGAGCCGCUUUGACGGAUGUUGAGAAGUGGAGGAGCCUUGACAAUGGAGACCAUGUGCUCAUACUGUCAACUUGUUUAUUCGGCGCUACGAGUCUGACGAACACCGAGUGCUUGGAUCUGUUCGGUCGCACGAAAGCAUCUCUUACCAAUGAAUGUCGCGUUCAGUGUGACAUGGCGUUCUCAAGGAUAAGUCUGCUUGCUAUUGACACCAUCUCAACACUGAAAGCCAUGUGUCUGUACAUCAAAGCAAAUGUCGACGUGCUCACGUCCCGCAGCAUGUGGACUUUAAUGGGUCUGAUCUCCCGAAGCGCAGAGCAACUCGGUAUGCACCGCGACGGCACGGUACUAGGUCUUUCGCCCAUCGAAACAGAAGAACGUCGUCGAGUCUGGUGGCAGCUUCAACAUCUAGAUCUUAUUCUUUCACUGAAAAAUAACGUUACUCCAUUGUCAUUUGGAACAGGCUGGGACGUCAAGCUUCCUCUCAACAUUGAAGACGACGACAUCGAUCCAAGUUCGACAACACCGCCAAAAGAACGAACUGGUCUCACGAGUUUCUCGUAUGCGCUGUUUACAUACUGGAAAAUGGAGAGGCAGCGCAAGUUUCGAAUGACGACAGCAAGCCAAGCCACAGCGAUUGAUACAUCUCUCCUCGGCUGUUUGGCUGACUCCGUCAUUGACGACCUUGAGGCUGGCCUCAACGAAAACUUUCUGCAGUAUUGUGAUCCAAUCAACCCGUUGCACACGAUACUACAGAUCUCUGCACGGGCUGUUGUCAACGUCUUACGGCUGAGAAAGCUGCAUGAGGCUCGUAUGCGAUCUCAGAAUAGUGAUGACCCAUGUCAUGUUGAGCACUUUAAUGCUUGUAUGCAGGGCAUGGGGUAUAUCGUCGUCUCACAUUCAAAUAUCCAGCUGAAGCCAUUUAUGUGGCUUGUCGAGAGCUCAUUUCUCUGGUAUGCUUUCAUUGGAAUCUUGGUCGACAUGUCGAACUUGAAAGAUGUCACCCUUAUAAAAUCAGCCUGGACGCUACUCUCUCAGCUCUACGCUGUAGCAGAUCAUAUAUCUGAUCUUGAAGACGACAGGAGAAAGUCACAUGCUGCGAGAUCAGUAGUUGCAACAUGGUAUGAGUGCAGCCAGAAACCAGGUCUGGCUGGUAUGCAGAAGCCAGGGUUUGUAUCGAAGCUUGAGAAGGACUUGGCAGACUUGGAAAGUAAGAUAAAUGAAGACAAUGGAGGCCAAAUCAGUGUCGUACAGGAGGUCUGGCAAACCCAACCUGUAGAGACCGAACUACAGCCGUUUGGGUUUGAGUUCACGGACAUUGACUGGGCGUUUUGGGACAGUAUUAGUUAGACCCCCUUUGCUGUGUAUAUGCCACUUGCAAAGUUUGAGGUCAGAGUGUCAAGAUGCGCUGGGGUAAAAAGAAAAUCGAGGGAGUUUAAAGAGUGUGUAUAAGCAAAGCAACAGAGUCUAGUCAGGGAACCAUAUGCCAGAAUUUUUACAUCCCAAGUUGGAAUUUAGCAAGGAAGGUAAGAAUACAAGAGAAUGGGCA